UUUUUUUUUUUUUUUUCUUUCUUUCUUUUCUUUACUUUUUCUUUCUCUUUUUAUUUGUUCUUUUUUAGAAGAUUUGUGUGUUGGCCGUGGCUUCUUUCCAACGCCGUGGCCAUGCUGUUGAGAUGCGUUUGUGGAAGUUUGGUGACUCGAUUGAUGAGUGCGCGGAAUUCCAAGAGAAACUAGUUGAGAUCUUAUGUUUUUAAUUCGCUGCUGGUCGUGUAUUGCCGCUGUUGUUGUUGUUGUUGUUAUUGUUGUUUUUUAUUUUAUUUUAUUAUUUUAGUUUUCGCUCUCCCUGGCUCGUUGUGUCGUAUUUUUGUUAUUCUAGGGAAUGAGAGUGGUGUUUCGAAUAAUUUAGUCGUGUCAAUUCUUUUUGGGCUUCUUGUGUGCAUUUAGGACAUGUUAGGAGUUCCUGUGGUGGGAUCGUAGAAUGACAAGAGAAGCGGUGUGGUGUUUUGAGUAGUGGGGAAGUUAUCUUGAUGGUGAGCGCAAGAGAGACUGUGAGUGUGAGGGCAUACCAGGGACGUGAUGUUAUAUGGAGAAGUGGACUUAUGUCACCGUCGCCAUGAUAGUCGUUCUUUAGCUUUGUUUGACGUUUUUUCGCUGUACGUAAUUUGAGGUUAAGUUUUUCAGUAAGUGCUGUUCGUGGUGAACUGUUUUAGUUGAUGAAUUGAUUGGGAAAAGGAGUUGAUGGUUGCUGUGCGUGGGAUGUGGUAGACGGAUCUUUUGACCUUGUCAGUAGGAUUUUAUUGAUUGCAUCAAGCAAAUGUGGUGUAGAUGAUUCUAAAAAGAGUGCUGUCGAAGUACAGCUGGGCAUUUUGAGUGAUCCAUCGACUGCGUGCUUCGGAGUAAGAGGAUAUGAUUGAUUAGUGGAGGCGCUAACGGCAUCAUUUGACGGAUGCAGCGCGUCUUGUUGGGGCAGGGGAAUCAAACAGCGAUGAAGGAGGUUACUGGUUUGUUUGGAGGGUUGGCGGACUCGUCGCGCAGGUGCAAGAGGGUUACAGUGAUACUUUGUGCUGUAGCUCAUCUGGUGAUGACAUCCUAUGUGCUUACUCUGUUUCUCGGUUCAUCACCGCAAGGAUCCGUGUCUCUUUCUUCACCGUUGUUGGAUUUUUUUAGAGGCUUCGAUCAUUACAGAGUACAGGGAAAAGAACUGGCGAAAAUGAAAAAAGAAUAUAUGAAAGCAGCCAUUGAAUUUCGUCGUCAAUCGGCUCCUCUAAAACUUAUGGAGCGAGUAAAAGAUAUUGAAAAAGAGUUAUUAAAGUUCUCUCAAGAGCAGUCUCCAGCUAAGGAUGCGGAAAGAACUGAGCAACAAGAAUUGAACGAGCAGGUAGAACUAGAAACACAACUAACUGUACCUGCCGUAGAAGACGACGACUUGGGAGUAAUUCAGAGGCUUACCCCUCCGGAGAAGUGCUAUCCCGAGCCCCACACUGAUUUUGGCGGAAUCGCAGUACGAUGGGGCUUAACCUAUCACGUGAACAGUGCCGGAGAGUGCUGUAAGGCAUGCUUAUUGCAUGCUGCUUACGCAAAGCCAGGCCAACUUAAAUGUAAUGUUUGGGUAUUCUGUCCUGAGAAGAAUGGGUGUCCGUCUCCAGAUGGUCAUGAGCAUAAGUUUGGCGAGUGUUGGCUGAAACGAGCUGAUCAACCGCGCGCUGUUGUUGAUGAUUAUUCACUUUUUAUGAGAGAUAAAUCAGGGAAUUCGAUGCCCGUUCUUUGGAUCUCUGGUGUUACGCCCUUCAAUGGGGGAUGAGUACAGUUGGUUCCACAUUUUUCCUUAGUGGGUUUUUGCCCUAUAUGUGCACCACCAAAAAGGCGGGAAUGUACUAUAAUGAAUCGAGUUUGUCAGCAAGAUAGAUGUUAAAACUAUUUUUCUGAAGCACCGUAAGUUCGAGUCUAAUUUCAGAUCGAAUGGGGGAUGCAUGGUUCAGUUAUUUGGAUAUAUGUUUCAUUGUGCCUUCUUCAAGUAGAAUACAAUCUUACAUCUUGAUUUGGAUGUUGUAACAUGGUCAGUUUCUUUGCGUUCUUUGUAGGACAUGAACUACAUUGUUCUUGCAAGACGUCAUCGGAUUCUGGGAGUUGUGGACGAAGUUGCUAUAACCCUCUAGCGGGGAAGCCGUCACAUAUUGUUUUAGUUAUCCGCUCGUCCAUACAACUAGUGUUGUAUCUACAUCAUGCAUCGAAUGUGGAGAUGCUGAAUCAGUAGCUAAAAGAGGUUUUUAUACCUAAAAAUUUAUUUAAAAAAAAUCUUUUUUCAAAA